AUGGACUUUGAAUGGGCACCAUCUAAACUGCGUCUCAGUAUUCCAUUGAUGUGGAAUAUCUUGCAAUUCAACGUCUCAGACUUGUCCUCCAGACCAGACACCUUGCUACAUUCGUCUCUUGCAACCACAGACCCCACAAAAUCAGACGAAUACUCAACUCUCGAAAUAAAUGUUGCCCUGUCCCCACCAGAGAUCACGAUAGACCCAUCUGCAGGACAAAAUGCGUACCUCCCUCCUUUUCUGACCACCAUCUCCUCGAACCCAACUUCCCCCAAAGAUACAACGGUUAGGGAUAUCGUGGUGCCCUCAACAGAUAGUCUGAUGUUCAACGUCCCCUGGCUUUGGACUGGGGAGUCUCAAUUCUCCGAUAUGGAAUCCGCGAGCAAUUUCGAUCCCGAAACAGCUGUUGGCAAUAUCGAAGGGUUUUCUACAUGGUGGGAUUUUGGGAACUUGUAG